UGCACACACUCUGGGCCAGGGGUGGCAGCCACUGCCUCUGAGAGACCACUGGUGUCUCUGCCGCGGGACUGACGGGCUUGGGUUCGGAUGUCUGCCCGCUUCUCCCUGGGUGUAGCUGACAGCCUGCCCGCCUGCCUGUGUGUUGGUCUCUGUGUGUUUGUCUGGCUGGCCUCCUGCCUGUUCUCUUGACUUCUCCUGUCUGCCUGCCUGCCCAGCCGAUCGAGUGGUCCCUGUCGCACAAUGACUACCUUCUCUCCACGUGUGACCUCUUUGGGGCGUGACUGACCAUUGCCUGGCUUGCCUGCCCAGAGCCCAGCUUCCGUCUGUGCAGGUGACAGGCUGUUCGCCCGUCUGGCAGGCUGUGGGCUCCCACCCCAGACCCCUGCCUGUCCUCUGAGACCCUCAUCCCCCACCCUACACUGAGCUGCCGCCCCUGGGACCCCACUGGAUUGCCCCAGACACCUGGAAUGGAUUUCUGAGGGAGAAGCUGGACUAGCAGGCCCCGGGAGUCAGCAUGCCGCGUGGCUGGGCCGCCCCUCUGCUCCUGCUGAUGCUCCACGGCGCCUGUGGCUGCUCAGACCUCGUCUGCUACACUGAUUACUUCCAGACGGUCACCUGCAUCCUGGAGACAUGGACCCUCCACCCCAGCAUGCUCACCCUCACCUGGCAAGACUCGAAUGGAGAGUUGGUGGAUGAGGUCACCUCUUGCAGCCUCCACCGGUCCACCUACAAUGCCACACAUGCAAAAUACACGUGCCACAUGGAUGUGUUCCGCUUCAUGGCCGAUGACAUGUUCAGCGUCAACAUGACAGACCUGUCUGGGAACCACUCCCAGGAGUGUGGCAGCUUUGUCCUGGCCGAUAGCAUCAAACCAUCUCCUCCUUUCAACGUGACUGUGACCUUCCUGGGACAUUACAACGUCUCCUGGAGCUCCAAUUACGAUUCGUACCCACUCGUGGGCAAACUUCAGUACGAGCUGCAGUACAGGCGGUGGGGAGACCCCUGGAGCCUGAGUCCAGGGAGAAAGCUGAUCUCAGUGGAUUCAAGAAGUGUCUCCCUCCUUCCCCUGGAGUUCCACAAAAACUCCACCUAUGAGCUGCAGGUGCGAGCAGGGCCCCAGCCCAGCUCCUACUUCCAGGGCACCUGGAGUGAGUGGAGUGACCCGGUCACCUUUCACACCCAGCCAGAAGAGAUGAAAGGAGGCUUGCACCCUGACCUGCAGUACGUCUUCCUGGUCUUCACUAUCCCUGCCCUUGUCUGCUUAGGUCUGAUCUACCGGCCUUGCAGGCUGUGGAAGGUACCCAACCCACAGUCAUUCUUCCAGCACCUGUAUGUGGGCCACAGUGGAAACUUCAAGAAGUGGGUGGGCACACCCUUCACUGCCUCGAGCCUGCAGCUGGGCCCCUGGAGCCCAGAGGUGCUCUCGACCCUGGAGAUGCACAGCUGCUGCUCGCCGCUGAGUGCGGCCCCGGGGCUGGUGACCACGGUGCUGCCAGAGCCUGUGGAUCUGCUGGAGGCCGACAGGGGGCCCGAGCCGGACUGCUGGGGCCCCAGCCCCUGCACCGCAGACAGCUUGAGCAGCUCAGCAUACAGCCAGGAGGGAGACCGGCCGUACGGCCUGGUCUCCAUCGACACAGUGAUCGUGGUGGAUGCACAGAAGCCGUGCACCUGUCCCUGUACCUGUGAGGAAGACAGCUAUCCGGCCUUGAACCUGGAUGCAGGCCUGGAGCCUGGCCUGGACGCCGAGGACCCGCUCUUGCGCACCAAGGCCACGGUCCUGUCUUGUGGCUGUGUGGCAGCUGGUGGCCCUGCCAGGCUUGGGGGCCACCUGGGCAGCCUCUUCGACAAACUAAAGCUGCCCUUUGAAAAUGAGGCCGGAUGGGUGCCCGGGCCACCUUGGGGUGGCGGGCUGUCCAGAGGGGUGUCCGACAGCGAGGAAGGCUCGCCCCCUGCUGGCCUGGACAUGGACACCUUUGACAGCGGCUUUGCGGGCUCGGACUGCGGCAGCCCUGUGGAGUGUGACUUCGCUGGCCCCAGGGACGAGGGGCCCCCGAGGAGCUACGUCCGACAGUGGGUGGUCAUGGCCCCUCCGCCUGCAGGAGCCGGGCCCCAGGCCAGCUAGACAGGCAGCCGGCUGUUCAGAACUGGCCGUGCCACUGGGCUGUGAAGACGCGGUCACCGGGGCUGUGGUGUGCAGGGGCCUGCAGCCUCUGGCCUCCUUGACAGGGCCCUGAGCCCUGGGUGUGUUAUGUGCACGUGUGGUUCAGGAGCAUACUGGUGUGCCUGUGUGUGCGAACAGCACGAGUGCCUGUGUGCAGUGCACAUGGUGACAGCCUCCCUCCCCACCAGGCACACGGGCUGGCCCCUGGGUCACACUCUGAGAGUCUGGGCCGGUGCUGCCCACAGGGCCUGCCGGGCCCGCAUACUGCCUGUCCUCCUGGUCACGUGUCUCCAGGAGCCAAGAGAAGUCCAUACUGCUCCUCACCACCUUUUGGGGGGUGGGGAGGUUUGGGGCAAUAGAAUGGGAUGUGCCCCUGGGUCCGAGUCCUGGCUGUGCCACCUCAGACGAGCCCCCCUCCCCUCCCCCCCUUUGGGCUGGGAUUUCCUGUCCGACCUUGUGAACAGCACGACUGAGCUCAGGGGGAAAUCAGUGAAGUUGCCCACCUACUGUGCAGCCCAGAGCAGACCCUCAAUAAACGUCAGCUUCCUGCCUUCUGCGGUGGGCAAGGCUUGUGCUGGGGGAGGGCGGGGGCGAGGAAGCAGCCGCAGCCCUGGCUGGCGGGCCGUCCCCACCCUGCCGAGGGCACUUGGGGUGUUUCCGGGCUGAGACUCCUUCAGCCUCCUCUCUCAAGACGGCCUCCCACCCGUCAACAUCUUUUUCUGGCUCCUUCUGCCCAUUUUUAAAUUUCCCUUAUGAACCCAAGAAGUAUUUAUUGAUCACUGUACAUGCUGGGCUUUGGGUAGAGAGAGGUUGCUUGGGUACAGGCUGGGGACCACAAGGCCCCCGUGUCCCCAUCGGCUCUUCGGGUGGGGUCGAGGCAGACGGGGAUUGGUGGCAAUGACAGACACGGCACUCCUGCUCCCCCGACAUCUUAUUUGCUUAUCUUGGGGAAAUAGGGGGAGUCAAGUUCUUAUUGAUGAUUUGUCAGAAUCUGUUGAAAUGUGAAUUAAAAAGCCAAGAAAA